CGGCAUCGGCAUCGGCAUCGGCAUCGGCAUUGGCAUCGGCAUCGGCAUUGCUGGCGGAACUUGGGUGUUGGCGAGGAAAGACAUACGACUUGUGGCAGUCCGCGAGCGACGACGCAUCUGAGGAAGAGCUGAGCGCCAUCAAAUCAAGAUACGUCGAGAGGACUGAGUCGAUAACCUCGAUGCCAUGCGCCUCGAUAAGCUCGAUGAGUUUCUUGAGGAAGCGCUGCGAGUAGACAGGCGCCGGUGGGCAUGACUGGGCCAGUGCCGAGGCGACGGUGUGGUCCAGGAUCGUUUGCUGCAUUGGCUCGGCAAAGUGCUCCGGAUUGCUCGCACCUCCCCAGUCGAAAGAGCGGAUCGGGACAAGCUGGUAGUACUGGCGCUGGAGUCGCCGAAUCCACUCGCUGUGCGGCUCGGGCAUUGCUGUCGUCCGGCGAGUUCGGUGGAGGCGAUCCCGAGGAUGGGCUGUGGAGCUGGCCAACAGAAGCAGCAAGGCAGAUCAGCAACAGCAGGACCAAGGACAACAAAAGCUGUUGCGACAGGAUCCAACCGCCGGCUCGGUUGGUUCGUUGGAGGCAAAAGACCAGCAACAUCCCGCCCAAGCAGCGGCCGCACCAGACCAGCAACUCUGCCCAAGACCGACAGCAGCCCGGAGCAGGAGUCGCCCCUCCCCCCAAGAUGCCUCGCGAACGAGAAGCCGAUCGCGAGCACGGCGAGGACCUGGAGCUUGGGCGGGAUGCCCAAAAGUACAAGGGGCUGUUUUCCGAGAAGGACUGGAAAUGCAAAAUGUGCUCCAACAUCAACUGGGCUCGCCGCAGCCACUGCAACCAAUGCCAGUGCCCCAAGCCUGGAUCGGGGGCAGACGCCGAGCGGGCAGGCAGUGGCGGUGGGUUCAUGGAACGGGAUCGGAUCGUGGAGUACCGAGAGACCCGCUACCAGGACGACGAUGAGUACGACGACUUUGGUCGACUCAAGAAGAAGAAGCGAGGUCCGGGUGCCGAUGUCCCCGAGGCUCCGCCGCGGAAAGGAAACAACGCAACCCUGAUGCCGAACGACAAGCUCGCCGACGAGGACAAAGCCAAGGAUGAUGGUGAAGACGAUGGCGAAGACGAUGGGCGCUGGGAUGCCUGGGCCGACAUCUUGAGCAACGAUCAGCAAGCAAGCAAGCCAGAUACCAAAAGUACCAGAAGCAUCGAAAGCGAACGGUCGCGGCGGGAUCGCUCCCCACCGCCGAGGGCCAGAGAUCGUCGUCGAAGCCAAUCUCGGAGUCGAACUAGAAGCCGAACCAGGAGUAGGGACCGGCGCCGAAGCAGGUCCAGAAGCAGAGACCGGCGCCGAAGCAGGUCCAGAAGCAGAGACCGGCGCCGCAACAGAUCCAGGAGCCGAUCACGGAGCAGGGACCGCUAUCGACGACGCUCGAACAGCCCAGAUCGGAUCCGGAACAGAUCCCGAUCGAGAAGCCGCGAUCGAUGGCCGAGAAGCAAACGAUAGAGGAGCUGCUGGCCGGUGGUAGCGCCAGGACUGCCAGCGAUGAUGCGAGAUUCAGAUGCGCAUCCGGGUGCAUAUCCAGAUGCAGAUACGUACAUGGAUGAGCGGCUGGUGCCGAGGAGAUGUGCAAUGCAUGAGCGCUGUCUCCAAUCCACACACAACGAAACUGGCCUUCCUGCUCUCAAGUCCUGCGUAUCGCUUCUCUGGAUCCUGAAUACACACACCCAUCCACCACG